AUGGAUGGUUUAUUGAGCCCACCUUGUGCGGGGGCGAAGAAGGGAAAUGUUAGGGCGAAGCCAAAGAAGAAGGGGAGGUAUACUGAUGUUAUGGCUGGAGAGGGGAAGAGUGAUAAGCUGGGAAGAAAGGAAGGUAUAUACCAAAAAGGAAAGAAUGAAUUAAAAGUUGAGUUUUGUUUGCUCCUUAUAUGCAUAUGUACUAUAUAUGCAUAUGCUGCCAAGAUCCCAGGAGGUCAACAGGAUUACUGUAUUAUAUGA